AUGAUCUCCCCUGCAAGUUUCACCAUCAACCUGGUGCUGUCUCUUAUCAUUGCUUUUGCCUCUCGUUUCCUUUGGAAUUACCUUCGUUCACCCUUAAAAUCAUUCCCAGGGCCAGUCCCUGCCAGCUUUACCAAUCUCUGGCGCAUGCAAGACGUGUUCAGGGGUCGCUGUGACAUUACGCACAAUGCACUUCACCGAAAAUAUGGGCCAGCAGUCCGAAUGGGACCGAACAUUCUCAGUCUGUCGGAUCCAGACUUGGUCGGUCAGGUUUUCACAACCAAGAACCCAUGGAUGAAGAGUGACAUGUACAAUGUGAACGACGUUGUCGUAUCGGGAGUGCGAAUCAAGAACCUCUUCUCGCACCAGGACGAGAAAUGGCAUUCCACCUUUAUCCGCCCGGUUAAGGGGCUGUACUCCAUGAGCAAGGUCCAGGACGUGGAGCCCGGGAUGGACCAGACGAUCAAAUUCUUCUUUGAGAAACUGCGCGAAAGGUUCAUUUACCCGGGCAAGGUUUGCGAGAUGUCCGAUUACCUCAACUUCUUUGCAUGGGACUUGAUGAGCCAGAUCACCUUCUCCAAAGACCUCGGGAUCUUGCAAGCUGGAAGUGACUACAUGGGAUUCCUGAAGAGGUCCAACAAAACUCUUGACUACUUCGCCUCUAUCUGCCAAAUCCCCCUUCUGGAUUUGGUACUUGACAAGAACCCGGUCGUGCGCAUAGGCCCACCUGGCUUCUCCUGGGCAAACAUCUUCAGCCUGGAACAGUUUCAAAAACGUAUGCAAGAUGGAUCCCCUCAGAGUCUUUACGCAGACUUUCUGGACAAGUUUCUGGAGGCCAAGGAAAAGUACCCCGAUAUCGUGAACGAUAACAUGGUGAUCACUUAUCUGCUCUCAAAUGUGCUGGCCGGCAGUGACACUACCGCUAACACGAUGUGUUCUGCCGUGUACCAUAUACUUAAGCACCCACAAGUUCACAAGAAGCUUUGCGAGGAACUCCGUAAUGCUGACAUUCAAAUGCCGGCCAAAUGGAAAGAUCUCCAGAGCCUUAAGUACCUAGACGCGGUCAUGCGCGAGGCGAUGCGAGUUCACCCAGGCGUGGGCCUUAUGAUAGAGAGGAUCGUUCCUAAAGGAGGGUUUGUUCUCCCAGACGGGCGAUUCGUGCCCGAGAAUACCAUUGUGGGAAUGAAUCCAUGGGUCAUCAAUAAGAACGAGUCUGUUUUUGGUGCCAACACCGAGGCCUUUAUUCCGGAGCGCUGGCUCCAAAACCCCGGCGAAGCUGAUGAGGUCUAUCAAUCUCGAUUUUCCAAAAUGAAGGGUACUGAUUUUACUUUCGGAGCUGGUUCUCGAGCGUGCCUAGGAAGAUACCUUGCCCAGCUAGAGAGCUAUAAGCUUAUUGCCACCCUUUUCUAUACGUUUGAUAUGGACCUUCUUAGCCAAAACCAUGAAUGGGAGGUUACCAAUUCAUGGUUCGUGAGACAGAAGAGUAUUCCUGUUCACAUUAAGGAACGGGAAAACAGUUUCGUUAAUGUCUAG